UGAUGUCAGUGGAUCGUGAAUUUAAUAUGGCUGAACUGAAGUUUUAUCGUUUUUGUGUAGUAAAUACAGAAAAUUAAAUGUUAAAUUGACUAUAUUUUAUUAUAAUAUCUUUUUGAUAAGUUAGUUCUAAGGUUAUAAAGUUUUACAAUUUUCUUAAAGUUGUAUUGAAUGGGUCUAAUUGCAUUCUAUUGAUGUGAUUAUUAUGUCGUAUAAUGAUGUCAUAUCUUUAACUUCACUGAAAUUUCAAACUCGCCACUGAACAUGGAAAACGGAACGAUUAAAAGCGAGUUGUAUUUCUUGAUUGCCAAAUUUCUCAAGAAUAGCCCUUGUGAGAAUACUUUCAAGACAUUUUUGGAAGAAUUGGAAAAACAUGAUAUUUUAUCACCUCGAUAUGAUUGGACCGGCGAUUGUCACAAACAAACUUUCGAAGAAUUGGAAUAUAAAUUCAAUCACGUGAAUAAUGAUCAUCUGCUUGAUAUUUGCAAGAAAAUUAAUCCAUUGUUAGAUUCAGCGUUCAAGAAAAGUAUUACCUAUGAACCGUCCCUGUUGGGAGAUGGAAAUCACUCUGUUUUAAGAUCAAAAGAAACCGAGAAGAAAUGUUAUACCUUGAAGGAUUACAUGGUUCGUAGGCAUUUGAUACCGUUGCCAGAACCGAUAACAUUCCGUAAACAUAACAUCGUGAAAGCGUUGUACGGCCGGGAAGCAUCUGGUGCGUUUAAUCGCAAACAUGUGUUGGCAGGAUGUCCGUAUAAGAAUUUGCAAUUGUUAGGGCGCACGUUAGGUCAUCUAUCUGCCGUAUAUUGUGUUCUUUUCGAUAGCUCCGGCAGAUAUAUUUUUACAGGCGCCGAUGAUUUACUGGUAAAAGUUUGGCAUGCUGUUAGUGGUCGGUUACUGACGACUCUUCGAGGUGCCUCAGCUGAGAUCACCGAUCUCGCUGUUAAUUAUGAAAACACCCUAUUAGCCGCUGGUAGUGUCGAUAAAAUCGUCAGAGUCUGGUGUUUACAAACAGCAUUUCCUGUGGCAACUUUGGUUAUACAUACUGGAACCAUUACCGGUGUAAACUUUUGUCCAGCUGUAGUAAAUGGCUGUAGAUACCUAACAUCAACGGCUACUGAUGGUUCUGUAGCAUUCUGGAAAUAUGCUACUAACGAUUCAGAAACUUCUUUCGAACAAACGCCGGUGCAAUAUUUGGAACGUAUGAGACCCGGAUGUGCUCAGAUAUCAUGUGGUUCCUUCAGUCCUGGUGGAAUGUUUUUAGCUGCUGGCAGCGCCGAUCAUAAUGUCCGUGUCUACAAAAUGGCCGGAUUAGAAGGCCCCACUAGAGUUUUAGAAAAAGAAGCACAUUCCGACCGUGUAGAUAGUAUCCAGUGGGCACAUUCGCAUUUAAAAUUCGCUUCUGGGUCGAAAGACGGCACAUGUUUGAUUUGGUAUUACGAACAACAAGUGUGGAAAUCAAUUACUUUAUUAAUGUCGACGAAAUUACCUGGUACGAAAGUCACCGAAGAAGACGCUAAACAAAAAUUACGGGUUACGAUGUUAACUUGGGAUAAAACUGAUCAGUGGGUGAUAACUGCCAGUUCUGAUAAUUCGAUCAAAGUAUGGAACAGUGUUACUGGUGAAUUGAUUCAAAUCCUGAAUGGCCAUCGUGCGGAAACCUACGUGAUUGAAAGUCAUCCUCUGGACUCCAAAAUAUUGUUAAGUGCCGGGCAUGAUGGCAAGCUGUUCAUUUGGAAUAUCAUCAGCGGUGAAAUUUUAGCAUCUUUUCAAAAUAACAUCGACGGACAAGGAUUCGGAGCGGUAUUCGAUGCGAAAUGGUCUCCCGAUGGGAAUUCGUUUGCAGCUACCGAUUCCCACGGUCAGAUACUCACUUUUGGGUUCGGAUUACCAGAUAUUACUCGAAAAGUUCCUAGAGAAUUAUUCUUUCACACUGAUUAUCGUCCAUUGACCAGAGAUUUCAAUAACGUUGUACUGGAUGAACAGACCCAAACACCGCCGCACUUGAUGGCGCCUCCAUUUUUGGUAGAUAUCGACGGAAAUCCAUAUCCCCCUUAUUUGCAGAGAUUAGUGCCUGGUCGUGAACAUUGCGAUAUUGACCAGCUUGUGCCAAACGUUGUCCUUAGCGAUGAAGGACGUCAAGAAGUAAUCAUGGAAGCUAAUGAAAAUGAUUUCAUGGGAGCUGAUGUGGCUGAACAGAGAAGACCUGCUUCUGCUUUGAGAUCAAGAGUUGGUAUGCGAAGAACUGGAGAUAUUGAAGGUGUUCGUCAAUCCAGUGGAAAUUGGCAACGAGGUGAUAAUAUCUCUUGGACGAAACGACUAAUUUGCGAACCGUUAGACAAAUAUACAGCUCAGGCGAUCGCAGAACGAACGCAGAUUAUGGCUUCUAUAGAAUUAGAAGAAUAUCGUAAAGAAUCGAAAAAACCUAUGGCUCCUGAGCCGAAACCAAUUGCGAUUCCGAAAAGAACUCCUCGCCGAAGAAAGGCGCUUCAUACUUAUAGAACUCGCGCUUCGCGUAUAGAACAACUUGAAAUGGAAUUCGAGAAUCCGGAUAAUUUGGAUUUGAGUUCCGAUUCGCAAGAAGAGGAGGAUUCGACAGCACAUGAAUCACCGAUCGAUACAGCAUCAUCAACUAGCGAAAAUGAUGCUAGCUCGGAUUAUUCGGAUUGGACCGCCGAUAACGGCAUGAAUAAAUUAGAACCUCCGAAGCGAGUAGCCAGAGUCAGAAAUCUAAGACGAGCUAAUAAGAUGACGAAGAUAACGAAAAUAGCCAACACAACUUUGAAAAAACCACUUCCUCAGGACAUUCCGGAAGAAUAUCGUCCUUCAGAAUGGCUGGCUGAGACGAUGCCCAAAAAAGCACCCUAUUAUCCUCAAAUGGGAGAUGAAGUUAUGUUUUUCCAGCAAGGUUAUAAUUUGUAUUUGAAUGCCGUUCAAAAUAAGAAUAUCUACAAAGUACGACCAGCACAGCUGAAUCCAUGGGGCAAAAUUAAAUUGAAAGAACCACAACUAGUAAAAGUAAUCGGUAUCAAAUAUGAAAUCAGACCGCCUCGAUUGUGUGGCCUCAGGUUAGCGGUUAUGAACGACGAAGAUCAAGUGACGCAGCAUAGUUUCGAUUUAAAAUAUCACGAUAUUACCGAUGUGAUUGAUUUUCUAGUGUUGAGACAGCUGUACGACACGGCUAUGUCUCGUACAUGGAAAGUUGGCGAUCGAUUCCGUAGCGCGAUAGAUGACGCGUGGUGGUGCGGUAAAAUAGUUUCUCGGAAUAAAAAUGCCCAAUCGCCGUUCCUCUGCUAUAAAAUUGAAUGGGAUAACCACGAAAAUGAGAAUCUCAGUCCGUGGGAUUUGGAACCGUUGAAUUCACGCAGAGAACCGCAAAAUGGACAAUCGUUACCAAUAUUACCGAGAGAAAUGAAAAACAUCCUGUAUCAACCGGAAACCGACGAGUGGCCGAUGGGUAAUCAGGAUGUAGCGUGUGAACGUAUUUUACGAUCUCUGGAAGAUUUGAUGAGCACGUCGAUCGCCGAACAUUUCCUCGCACCUGUGGAUAUCAGCGUAUAUACGAGUUACGCGUACGUCGUGGAAUAUCCAAUUGAUUUAAGUACAAUUAAGGCGAGAUUUGAGAAUAGAUUCUAUAGACGGUUAGCUGCCGCUCAAUUCGAUGCCAGAUACAUCGCUAGUAAUGCUGAGAAAUUCAACGAAAGAGGCAGCGUUAUCGUUAGACACGCUCGUAUUAUUACCGAUAUUCUACUAAAAAUAAUCAAAACUGUUUUACCAUUAGAUGUACCGGCGUUAUGUCGCCAACUGAAGGAUAACUACGUAUCUACUGAUUCAACUGAAGAAGAAGCCCCUGAAUCGCCUCCUGGACCUUCGAAUAGAUUACGAUUCCGUCCGGCUGCACAAAACCGCAAUCUGCGAUCGACGGAAGGUCGUCGAGCUCGCAAUACACGGCAGCCAUUCGAUUGGAAACGAGAAUGUAAAGAAUUAUUGCAUUUGUUGUGGAUUAGCGAAGAUAGCGAACCGUUCAGGCAACCGGUGGACCGAUUGGAUCAUCCAGAUUAUGAUAAGAUCAUCGAUACUCCGAUGGAUUUGAGUAUUAUACGUGAAGAAUUGAAAGGGGAUAAUUACGAUUCGCCUCACGAAUUUUGGAAAGAUCUGAAAAUCAUGUUCAACAACGCUAAGAAUUAUACUACUGAUAAAAGAACGAGGAUAUACGCGAUGACAGUACGUCUGUCCAGUCUGGCAGAAGAACACAUGAAAAGCAUAUUGUCAUCUUACUCGUAUAGAAGUACCAACAAAAAAAGAGAUCCUAGGGAAACAGGAACGCCUCAAAAACGAGGACUCAAACGUAGACGUCGCACUAAAGAUAGUUCAGUAGGAGAAGAAUCGUCCGAUGAAUCUCCACGACCAUCGACCAGCGCUGCUGCAAAUCGUCGCUCUAGUGUUCGACGAGUUCAAGCCGAACGCGAAAGUCCUCGGAAACCAAACACUAGAAGCCCUAGGAAAAUCAAAGCAGUAGAGACGUCCGAAUCGGAAGACGAUAAGAACGACGAUGACUACGAACAAACGAUCAGUAGCAAUCGGUCACCACGUACGAGAACGUUACGUGCCAGAAAAACGUGGAAUUACGCGAAAAUGCUUCAGAGUAAUUCUGAUGAUCAUUCCGAAGAGAGCGGAGGUGAUAAAACGGAAGAGAACCGAGUGAAAAGGCAACGGCGGAAAACCGAUGUCGGUGUUAACGAAGACAGCAUUCGAUCGCGAAGACUUCGCCAGAAUCUUCAAGUACGACAUUACGUCGAAAAUAGCGAUUCUUACGAAGAAGAUGACGAGGAAGGGGUGAAUAUCAGCGUAUCCGUCAGCAGUCGAGGGCGCAUUAGGAAAUUGACGGCAAAAGCCAGAGCUAGCGUUUUUCGGGAUUGAUCGCAUAGGGAAAUAGUUUAUAGGUUUAGAUUAUCGGAGAAACCUAAUCAUGUUCGGUUUCUUGCGACUGUGUGGCAAAUGGACCGAAAUGUCUCGUAUGAUGUAAUGUAAAUGUGUAGGUAUGUAUCAGUUUGGAUACUGCCGAUUGUGAUUGAUUCUAAGGGCACUUGAUGUGUAAAUCUCAUGAGAGGAAAACUAUUUUGCUACAAUUUUAUUCGCAUUUUAUUCUUUUUAAUGGAAUAUGUUGUCUUAUUUUUUCCUUUGAGAUUUUAAUUUAUUAAUUUAUUUAUUUCGUCGCUUUAGCGUACCUACCUAUUAUGUAAACGUGUAACAAUUUUCUUUCUUUGAAUUUUACUUUUUUCUCCAAGCUGCCGAGCAUUUUGUAACCACGCAAGUGUAUUCUGUGAUGCGGAAACAAAUAACGCACGCUUUUUUAAUGUUUGAGACAAAAAUCAUCACGUAUUAUCGAAUACAUUCUCGCGAAAAGACUGAAAAUUUGUUGUUCGAUUGAAAUUUCUAGUCUUAUCACGAUGUAUAAAAUUCUUCGAAGGUUUAAUUCGAUUUAUUUUAAUCUUUCUUUUUUUUCCUAGCAUAAUUUUCGGUUUUUUUACCAGACUGAGAAAAGAUUACCGUUUUUAUGUGCUAACACUAGUUUUGGUAUUAAAUGCUAGGUUGUUGAAUUCUAUUUUAUCGAGUUGGAGGUUUUGACUUAUUAUGGAAUCUAGGUAAAUGUAUCGAAAAUGACGCUAUUGCUAAUGAAUAAUGAUUGUUUAGUUUUAUUUUUUAUUAGAUAAUUUUCUUUUUUAAGUUUCUUUUUUAUUAUUAAACUAUUGUGACUGUCUUGUUGUUGUAUGUGUUAUUAUUUUUUAUUCAUUUGGCUGCAGGAGGUUGCAGGUUAUUCUUGUUUGCGACAUUUGACUAUGUAUUUUAAGGUGAUGUAUGUUGAUACCCUGCUCCUUCCUGUACCCGCAUUCUGUAUCCAUACUGGAUUAUUAAAUAUACUUUUUUAAAUCGUUCAAA